AGUGGCAAGCCUUGGCUUCAAGGUCUGUCUGCCAAAACUACAGACUGCACAACUAGCUAAACAACUCAGACAAUCAUCAUACAUCAUUGGACUACAAUAAGACAACACAACACAGGAAUGAUUGCGUCUUCUUCGUCCGAUGACAUCCGGACACUACUGUUUAACUCAACUGAUCAUUUCGCGCCUAUUCUUUUGGCAACAAGUUUUCCACUAGUUGCUCUAAAUUAGUGAGGAGCAACAUUCAGUUGUAAACUUUUGGUUGUCAACUUUGGUGUAAACGCAGCUUUACUGGUACUGUUUGCAGUGAAGUCAUCCCAUAUAAUGGAGGACUUGCAACCCGGUUGGUUGGAUGAAGGGUUUAUCAAGCAAGUAUUGAGAUCAGUUGAAAACAUCGGUGAAGACCACAUCUCUGUGUCCAAGUGGAAAUGUAACCCUGCAGUUCCUCCUGGCAGCAACUACCUCAGCCUGUUGUAUCGUCUGUCUGUUGACUACGAGAUAGAGAAUGACCAAAGAUCUAUUUCUCUCAUUGUCAAAACCCCUCUGGAGUCAGGCCAGGUGAAAGAAUGGCUGGAGAAAUCUGAUGGCUAUGGCAAAGAGCUGAGGAUGUACCGAGACGUACUCCCCAGAAUGUAUGAGAUUAGUUGGUCCAUCGUAGUGACGGCUCGCUCCUACCCAUGUAACCUUCACAACUCCUUGGUGCUUGAAGACCUGACGGUACUCGGCUAUAAAAUGGCUGACAGGCUGAAACAACUAGAUUUUGCCCACUGCAGGCAAUUUUUUAUAAGUUUAGCGACAUUUCACGGACUCUCAAUAGCACUUUACCAGAAGAACCCCGAGCUGAUACAGAGUAUAGGAAAGAGCUCAUGGUUCAGCGACGAUGGACCUGAAGAAGACAUAAAAGAGCAAGAAAAGUUCACAAAAUUUAACAUUGCCACGAUGAUGAAGACAGUAAAGUCUAUUGGCUUAGACAGAUACGCUGAGAUUAUCCAGGGUAAGUUGGACACUUUCUACAGUACGAUGCAACAAAUUUUUAAACCUCAAGGUGAACUGAGAGUCCUCUGUCACGGAGAUUGUUGGACCACCAACUUCCUAUUUAAGUACGAGUCAGGCAAAGUCGUAGAUUCAAAACUCAUAGAUUUCCAGAUUAUUCGUACUGGAAGCUUCGCACAAGAUAUUCAUUACUUCUGGUGGACUAGUGUGAAACAAGAAGUUCAAGAAAACUCACAAGAGGAAUUGUUUGAGGUUUAUCGGGAAACGCUCAACCAGACGUUGGAGAAGGCACAAGUAUCAGAAAGAAUUUCAAAAGAUGAGUUUGACAAGGAGAUAAAACGUUAUUCCCCGUACGGUUUCUUUGUUUGCAGCUCGAUUUUGUCAGUAGCCAUGGCUGACCCGGAUAACUUAGCUGACUUUAAUGAAAUGGGUGAAAACGAGUUUGAUAAACCUGUCAAUGAUGAAGAUUCUCCUUUCUCAAAGAAUUUCCGUAGCAAAUAUUACAAAGCAAGAUUACCUGCUUUGUUGAAACUUUUAGAAACAUUUGGAGCAUUGGAUUGAUAAAUAAUGACUUAGAAAGAUAUAAAAGCAUGAUAAUGAUUUUAGAGAAAUAGAUGAUCAAAUAGUGAUUUAGUUGCUUCAAGCUAUGAAAGAUAUGAAAAACCUUCCUGUCCAGUUGAUGAUUGGAAAAUCUUCUACUGCAUCCCAUGGCACGUAAUUUUAAUAAGAUCAGUGAUUCUUAAAUCAAGGUUCCAAAAAAGCUUCCAUUAUCACAACAAAGCAAGCUAGUUGGGACUGAUCGCCUUCAAAUGGAAAUUGAAUCACAGAAACUUGGCGAGGAGCCAAUAUUCCCCUCCACUGAUAUCGACUUGUUCACCAAUUUCAUAUUCAACAUAGCCACCGAGAGACAACUGCAUAGGCUAGUUGUGGAGAUAGUAAAAUGCAUGGUGCUGGGGUCAGAUUUAAACGUUAAUUAAUAGACAACCCUCAAAAUUUAAAUUCUUAAACAAUCUUCAGUUGAACUGAAUAUUUUCAAAAUUAUUUUUACAUGCUAUUACAUGUAUUUGGCAAUUAUAAAAAACCAAUUUCUGAUAUCUGAUAAUUAUAUUGUUAUAGAAUGUUUUAAAAAAUAUCUGCAUUAACCUAUCCCCCCCCCCCAUCAGCCUAACCAUGGAGUCAACCCCACCUUAAAAAAAAAAAAACAUAACUUCACAUUAAAAAUGGACUUUCAAUCUUACAAUUU